GCGAGCUGAACCUCAUUCUCGCAACCCUCCUGCUUCAUCCUCUGCUGUCUCCGAGCGUAAUCAGCUUGAUAUUCGAAGGCUUGAGAAUGGGUCAGAUACGCGUACGACAGUCAUGGUGAAAAAUAUCCCAAAUAAAAUGACCGACAAGGAGUUGAUUGCGUAUAUCGACAAAGUGUGUCAUCGGAGGAUCGACUUCUUGUAUUUGAGGAUGGAUUUCCAGAACGGCUGCAAUGUUGGUUACGCGUUUGUGAACUUUAUCACUGUCCAGGAUUUAGAGCUCUUCGCAAAGUCAAGACUAGGUAAAAAAUGGAACAUGUAUUCGAGCGAGAAAGUUCUCCACAUGAGCUAUGCCAAUUAUCAGGGCAAGGAAGCUCUCGUUGAAAAAUUCAAAAAUUCUUGCAUCAUGGACGAGAUAGAGGACUGGCGCCCGAAAAUAUUUUAUUCCUCCGGACCAAACCAAGGCCUGCCGGAACCCUUCCCGAAGCCUACCCAUAUUCGGAGAAAAGAGCGUAGCUCGUAUAAUCGUGGCGCGUUAUUCGUCCCGGGUAUCCACUCUUCGUCAAGUCACCGCAAAGCAUAUCUUCACUCGAAUUCUCCUCAGCAAAGAGCCCUGUCACAGCGUCCCCAGACUGAUGGUGGCCACCGCCGCGGCGACUCGUACGACUACUACGACACAGCGGGAGGAUGAUGAUGGAGAAGGGCGGAGUCGCUGAUCGCUACUAGUCGUCCAUUAUUAGGUCUGUUUUCGUUGUAUACUUCGAGCUCUUUCAUACGAUUUCUCGCUGCACUGCUCUCGCUUUGCCUUCCUGUACUCUUGCUUUCGAUUGAACCCUGCCUGACCCCCAUACUGAUAGUAUGUAUAAGUAUUAUAUCCUAGAUGCUUAGCUGUUGUUAAUUUUAGCAUCACGCCUCCGACUUCCAUCACCCUUUAUGCAUCACGGCUCCUUAUGCAGAAUUUCGUCGGCUAUGUCCCCACUGCUUUGCAUAUUUUCCAUAGUGCUGCUUCAUUUGUAUUCGAUUUCGUGUUGAUCCUUGAUCCUCGCUAUCCAAUGCCAUAAAAAUAGUGUUUU